UUGGUGUAUUGUGAUCUUGCUGUAUAACUCACUCUGAUGUCUUGAGCACUUCUUGUCUGUAAUUUUGAACUCAGGACCACGACCAAAUAUAAGCGCUUGACCAUCACCCAACUCCACCCGAUCUCCAGAGACGUCAUUUACUAGCGUGCACUGCAUCUCCAUUCACAGAAAACUUAGCCUGGUGCAUUGGAAAACCUCCUGUUGAACAAAUCAAGUACUCAAUCUGCAAAACUAAGAGUGAAAAACACCUUUUGACCAACACAAGAUAACUGAAGCAUCAUGUCGCGUGAAGAUGACUACUGCUCCAUCAUGACUGGUCUAAGUGAGCUUGACCUUCAAGGAAAAGCAGUCCCUAGUGAUCUUGUGCUGAUCGGUUCUGAUGCCUUUCCACUUGCCAUGAAUCCAAGAGGUCAAGUUCUGAUGGCUGCAUCUCGUUACGGUCAGGGACGUGUGGUGGUGUUGGGACACGAAGACUAUUUGACCCGUUUCCCCGGCCUGAUAGAGAAUGCCCUAAUGUGGCUCAUGCCAUGUACCGGUGAUGCCAGCAUUGUAGGGAUUCAGAAGAAUUUAGGUCCAGUAGCUGACAACUUCCGCAAUUCGUCUAUCAGCACAGAGCUUGGAGAUUUUCGGGAGGGAUUGGCUGUAUAUAUCACAGAUGCUUACAGCGUUGAUGAUUGUGCAAAGGAUUUGAUUGCUUUUGUCAAAGCUGGGGGUGGUUUGAUUAUUGCUGGCCAAGCAUGGAACUGGGCUAAGGCUAAUCCAAAUAUGGAUGUUUUUCUGAACUUCCCCGGAAACAAGGUGUGCAGCGUCGCAGGAAUUUAUUUUUCAGAACAUCAGGGAAGACUUGGAGUGAUUCCUGUGCCUUCAAAUAUCCCUUCUAGUUGGCUUGCUGUAUCAAUUGUCAAGGAUUUUAAGAAUGACCUAGAAUUCCUUCUGAAUGAUGUGCCUGAGUUUGACAUUCAAGGCGGGGCUCUGCCUUCUGAGCUGAUGGUGCAUGGACCAUUAGCAUUUCGUAUCGCAGUAGCUCCACCUGGAAAAGUAUUCAUUGCAGGUGCCUACUAUGGACAAGGACGGGUAAUUGUGUUAACCCACGAAAACUACCUGGACCGUGAAGCUCUGUCCACUUUCCUGAUUAAUGCAAUCAACUGGCUGGAUGAGGGGCGUAAAGGCGUUAUUGGGAUUAAUCCCAGACUCGCAGGAGCCCAAAAAAUACUGAGCAAAUCUGGUCUGAACUGCCAGUUAACUAACUUCAGAGAAGAUCUCAGUGUCCACGUCUGCACUUCCUACAGUGAUGCCGAGUGUGAAAAGAUCCAAGAAUUUGUGGCAGAAGGUAGUGGUCUUCUGAUUGGAGGUCAAGCCUGGAAUUGGGCUCAUAAUAACCGUGGCCGCAAUGUUACGACUGAAUACCCAGGAAAUCGCAUUCUUAACAAGAUGGGACUGAGUAUUUUGGCCAGCACUGUAAAUGCAGGAUUAUACAAAGCCCCAGAAAUCAAGGAGGGUUUUAAAGAUGUGUACCACUUUCGUAAUGUACUGGGACACUUUGGGAAGCAUGUAACCAUGGGGCAAAAACUUGCUCCUCAUGUAGAGGGUUCCCUAAAACAACUUUGCAAUGACCUUACCAAAUACCUUCAUAUGCGUACAUAUGAUUGUGCUUCUUAUAAUUCAAUGGUAACUCAUUUUACCGACAUGGUGAAGGAGAUUGGUGUUCCACAGGUGGGUAGUAAGAGCCCUAUUAAAACUCCCAAAGACUACCUGAUGCUCCAAAUCGCGAGUGAACUUUACAAAACCGUGUCUGACCCUGAUGCCCUCCUGCCAUACAUCAUUAAGGAUAUACCUGACCUGCCCACUGUGACUGAUGCAAGAGUUCGCAUCAGUGCUGACACUGGUGGCGCUGAAGCAUGGAUAAGCACAGGCUUGUAUCUUUCUCCUGGUAUGAGGACACAGAUGGUAAUACCUCCAGAGCUCAUUGGGAAGAACUGGAAGGUCCAGAUUAAUUGCCACACAGAUAACAUUGGGGGUGCAGAUGUUUUGAGACGGGCUCCUGUGGUCCAUGAGCGCUUCUCGUUGUACAAUGAAAUGGUUCAGAUCAGUAAUCUAUGGGGAGGUCUCAUCUACCUAGUUGCACCUCCUAAAACCAAAGUAGAUGGGGUGGAAAUUGUGGUGCAGACUGCAGUACAGGCUCCGUACUUCAAGUCUGGAGAGACCAGUGUAGCCGAUUGGGUCGGUGGGAUCUGUAAGGCGCCAGCACCCUGGGCGGAGCUUGAAUUUGAGAACAUCAUCAUCACAUUACAUUCAGAUGUGAUACGGAAUCUGGAUCAUCCUGAUGAGGUGGCGAAACUUUGGGAUGCAAUAAUGAGAGGCAUAGCUGACCUGGCAGCAAUACCUCAUAAGUUCCCCCGCAAGGAGCGAAUUGUUGCAGAUGUUCAGAUCGCUGCUGGCUUUAUGCAUUCUGGAUAUCCCGUCAUGAUUCACUCCGGCUCCGCCCAAGAACUGAUCAAUCCAGAAGGUGCUCGUAAAAGUGGUAUAUGGGGACCUAUACAUGAGCUUGGUCAUAACCAACAGCGUGGAGUCUGGGAGUUUCGUCCACACACAUCUGAGUGCACCUGCAACCUGUGGUCAGUGUAUGUGCAUGAGGAGGUGCUUGGUGUCGACAGGGCUGCUGCUCACAAAAGCAUGACCCUAGAUAAUCGCCAGGCUCGCAUCAGAGAUUAUGUCAAAGGUGGCAGAGAUUUGAAAAAGUGGAUCGUGUGGACAGCACUGGAUACUUAUAUGCAGCUUCAAGAAAAAUUUGGCUGGGAUGCUUUCAAGAAGGUUUUUGCUGCCUAUCAUGUCAUGACUGGAGUGCCCAAAACCAAUCCAGGCAAGAUGAAUCUGUACGCUGAGACCUUCUCUAAGGUGGUGAACAUGAAUCUGUCAUCUUUCUUCAAAGCCUGGGGUUGGCCGAUCGAGCCCAGCACUGAACAGAAGAUCUCUCAUCUCCCCGAGUGGAGCGAUCAUCCUAUGAAGCAGUAUGCAUAAGACACCUGAGAGAGCUUUAAUAAUUACAGUGUGAAAUCUGAUUAAAAUAAGAUAUAAGAGUAGAUAAUGGUUAAUAGAGCUGCAAGGAUGACAAAAUUUUCAUAUGCCCAAAUCCAAAGACAAGUAAGCUCUUCCAGUUCUCUUGUCCCAACGUCAGUGUGUUUUUGGUUAAACGCCUUAAAUAAGAUCUUUGGUUACAAGCUUAAAAAAGUUAAAUAAGUUAAUUUUUUUCAUAAACACUUAAUUCAAGAACAUUUGUUUUAUUCCAUAAGGCAGAUUUUUUAUUUUUUUUUUUGCUUGUUUUAACGACAAUGUUUCUUUAAUUUUUGUAUGUUUUGUCUUAAAACUAGACUUUUUUUCCUAGGUCAUUUUGCUCAUCAAUAAAAUACAUCUUAAUUUAAAUUUUUUUUAGAUAUUUUUACUGAAAACAAGACAAAAAUACUAAGUAAGUCAGUCUUUUUUUUUUUGCAGUGUAGCUCAAUUUCCAAACUUUUUUUAUCCAAACUAGUUGUGUUCAUUGUUAAGAUUAUCUCGAUGGGCAAAACGUGUAAAUAUUAAAACCUUUUGUUGAGAACAUGCAGAGGUUAGUUUUGUGAUAAUCCAAAGCCUAUGGAAAAAUCUAAAUUUUUGUGGAGCGUACCCAUGUGAACCUUACCUCUUGGGCUGGCUUACAAAAAAUAUGUCAUCCCUACAGCUCUCUGGGUUGUUUAUAAAUACUGUAUAAUUUGUCUUUGUGAGCUUGGUGUGUUUUUUUUAAGCUUUAGAUUCAUUUAGUUUAUUUAUUUCGACAGUCUUGGUUGUAUCUCUAGGAAUUUUAUAGUGACAGGGGGGCUUAAAGUGCCAGUUUACAUUGGUCUCCCCAUAGAGGCACCACAAGCCGGUCAACUGUCCCUCUGUUUCAAGCCACAAUUAUUUAAAUAACCUCUCCUUUACUGCAAGCUUGUUUGAACACACUUGCUUUAUUAUACACCACACUGCCAGCCAAGAGUUCACUGAAGAGAGCCGUAGCAAGGUUGAAACAUCAACAUUUAUUCAUCCUGUGUGAAAUUAUGAAUCAGUUUUUAUUUAUUAGGGCCUGAGCAGCACUGAGAUAUUAUUUUCAUCUGAUGGGUCGUGUUGUCCAGGUUGAUAAAAAUGUGUUGCAGAGAUAACUGGGGAAAUUUGACACACAAAUUUUAAUUCUAGUAAAUAUGUCUCAAGGCAGAUUUAAAUCCAACAUUAAUACAAAUAAAGGGUAUCCCGAAAAAUUUUAUUGUCUCUCUAUCCUAAGCACCUAUCCGGGACUAACAGAUGUGC